AUGGAAAAGAUAGUCAGAAAGACAAGUUUCUUGACCACUUGGCAAAUUUCGAAGACCUCUUGUUCGAAUGUGCUCCAAAUUAUUUCUGCAUUUUUGAAAUGUGCCCCAAGGAGGGCUAAAGGUUCAUGCAUCUGUUCUUCCACCGGUUUUCGUAACUCUCCAAGAUCCGUCUGGGUUACCACCGCCGAUCAGAAUUGGUUUGACGCGUCAGUGGAGACACAAAUCUUCUUGCCCUUCUUUGGAAAAUAA